GAACGAUAACAGAAGCACACUGCAAGCGUGCACUAUUAAGGGCCCUAGAAAUCUAUUUUAUAAAGUGAUAUAAAAUAUGGAUCCAUUAUCGAGCAGCUCUAAACUCAUCUAUAAAAUGUCUGACGAGGACAUCAAAAAACUGAUUCAGUUGCGUUCAAGCAACUCAGCGCUGUUUGACGGGAGGAAAAAUUCUUCUAAAACAGCGUGGAGUGCAAUUAUCAGAGAAAUGGGGCUUGAAGACAAGGUGACAACUGAUCAGAUGGCCAAAAAAUGGGAAAACCUGAAGGCAAGAUAUAAGGAUGCAAAAUAUCCUCCCAGUGGUGUGGAGAAGAACCCCACUUGCUGGAGAUGGUUCAAUCUUAUGGAUGAUGCUCUGGGUGAAGAUUUUGAAGAAAAGAUCAGCCACACAGUGACCCCAUCAGUUGGAGGAAAUGAAGCACCUCAGCCUAGUAAGAGGUUACGUCAGAUCAAAGUUGGAGGGGAAAUAUUGGAAUUCCUGGAAGAGGAAGGAACUGCAUUAAAUGUAACACCAGUCUCCAGACCACAUUUGGCUAUGCAGGGAAGACAAAAAGGCAAUCAAACAUCUGUGGGCGUUAUGAGAACAAAACUUCAAAAAGACAGACAACUUUUGGAGAAGGAACUCGGAGGCCUGGACAGAGAGAAAGCUCUUCUAGAGCGAGAGAGGGCUCUUGCGGAUAGGGAAAGAGCAGCGAUUCAGAGAGACAGAGCCCAGUUGGAGAAGGACAAAGCUGCCGUCGGACGAGACAAGGCAUCUCUGGAACAGGACCGAGUACGACUGGAAAAAGACAAAGAAGCUUUAGAGAGAGACAGAGUUGCCCUUGAAAGAGACAGAGUAUCAGCAGAUUUCACAAAUCAUGUGAAAAGCAACACAGCAUGCAAUAGACAUGACUGUACUCACGAGAAGAACAGAGAAAAAUUAAUAUUCCUACUUGAAAAGGUGAUUAAAAAAAUUUAAAGCAAGACUGAGAGAGAGAAAAGGACUCUUUGCUUGUACUGCAAUGAAUGCUGUGAGCUUAAUAUCGGAAUGCUCCUUUGGUUGUUGUCUUUUUGUUGUUUAGGGAUACUUUUGAGCAUCUAACUUUUGUAUUUCUUACUCCCAGAUUUCACUUGCCACAUACAGAGUGACAGGGAGCAUAAGCAAUAUUAGAAGUUUGAUGAACCUCUGUUUUUGGAGGUUUUGGGGUUUGUUUACUUGUUUUAAGACUUUUAAGAAAUUUGGAUUAUGACACUUUAUCCAUAUCUCAGAGAAAAAUUAAAAGAAGCAUUGGCUAAGAUUGCCAAAAAAAAAAAAAGUGUCUGCAAGUAAACUAAAUGAUUUGUGCCAUCAAUAAAUGUCAAAGUAAAAUACAAUAUUACAUUUUCAAAUUAUUUUAAUUCAGGGAGAAUUAAAAAUAGUUUGACCAAGGGGACAGGAAGCUGUUGAAGUAGUAGUGGGAUGUGAAUUAAAUUAAUAGUAACUAUCAUAAAAAAUAUUUGGGAUGUGCCAUGGUGGUCGACUAAUCGACAAGACGUCUGAGCAUUUUUACGUGAUGACAACAUGCUGUGUUUAACAGUGAAUAACAGUCAGCACAGUAAAACCCUCUGCCAGAAUCUUCGUCUCUUUAAUGCUUUAGGUGUAGUCUUUUAAUGCACCGCUGCUGUUACAUCAAAGCGCCACAUCAACAACACAUUAUAAGAUGAUCACUGUCGGACGUUAAAGGGUUCAAACAUGCAAUCCCAGAUGUGAAUGACUUUCUUUCUUCUGCUGAAUGCAAAUUAAGAUUUUUAGGAAAAUAAUUCAGCUCUGUGUGUCCAUACAAUGUAAUUAAAGGCAACAUACAAUUAAUACAUAUGAAUAAUAAUAGUGGUUAAAUUCAUAUCUUCAGAAGCGAUAUGGUAGAUGUGGGUGAAGGUCCUUUUUUAAUAUACAUUUUCCUCCCUCCCAGUAGGUGGCGAUAUGCACAAAGAAUGUGAAUCGGUAAAAACUAAAAAAGAAGAAAGUGAAAGUAGAGCUUUAUAGUAACUUAAAUAUUGAUCUGUUGCUCACCCAAACUUAUAUCACUUCUGAAGAUACACUGUAGAUUUAACCACUGGAGUCAUUUGGAUUACUUUUAUACUGCUUUUUGGACCUUCAAAGUUCUGGCCCCCAUUCACUUGCAUUGUAUGGAUCAACAGAGCUGAGAUUGUUUUCUAAAACUCUUAAUUUGUGUUCUGCCAAAGAAAUAAAGUCAUACACAUUUGAGAUGGCAUAAGGGUGAGUCAAUGAUGAGAGAAUUUACUUUUUUGGGUGAACUAUCCCUUUAAAUCUUCUGCUGUGUGUAAUGUUCCCGUAUUUGUGAGGUAUUCCCAUAUGUUUCCAUAUUUGUGAGUGAUUAAGGUAUUUUGCU